AUGAAGGCAGGAUAUGGACCCGAUCAUGCGACCGGACUGGCGGCAGGGAAGACAGAACCAAUGCCGGAUUUGUUGACGCGAGCGUUCAACGAGGCGAUUAGGCCGUAUACGGAUCAGAUCGACCAGUUGGAGGCGCAGGUCGCGGAGCUGCAAGCUUGGGUGGAGUCGUUGGAGAGGGAAAGGAGUGAGGUGCAUAGCUGGAUUGACAAGCGGGGGUUACGGCCUGACGUCCCUUCAAGCAUCGCCAAGCAAAUGGACGCCUCCCCGGACGCCGCCGCCACGCUCAACGCCCAACUCGACCGCAAAAUCACCAUCGUCAAUUUCGACCUCCACCGUCUCCAAGAUGACCUCAACGACUCCAUCUCCGCCUCCCACUUCGCCGCCGCCAUGUCCAAAUUCCUCCCGGACAUCUCCCGCCUCGCCCGCCUCCCCGCGGGCCCCCGCUUCGCCUUCGACCUGAUCCUCAAGCUCGGCGGCAACCUCAACUCCCACGGCGGCCUGGAAUCCUCCGGAGACACCGGCGACCUGCUGGCACGGAAGGAGUUCUACCACCGGCUCGACGAUGAGAUGGUCAGCGUCGUGCGCCGACGGUUCGACGACGAGGGCCAUGACUGGGGCGUGCAGCGCGAGAUCAAACGCAUCGAGAAGACCGCAAGCUACCUGCGGAACUAUGGCGUUGAGCCGUACUUCCCCGGCACCCUGGAGGUGAUGAAGAGGAGUGAGGUCGGCACGAAUGGGUUUGCGGGGAAUGGAGUCGACGUGAACGGUGGGCCGGUGGCGGGGGGUACGCCACCGACGAGGUAUAGUUAG